AUGCCGCUCCUCCGGUGGAGAUCGUCGAAAACGUUGAAGAAGUUCCUGCUGAUUCUGCUGAGCGGUGCGCUGACGCUGCUGACGACGGCCCGGGCGAAACCGACCAUCAACUUCCAGCUGUCCCAGAUACCGGGCUUUACGCAGAUCGUCGAACGGAAGCUGCAGGAAGCGAUGAAAAGUUACAGCCAGCGCCGCUUGGACGGGGAAUCACUGCGGAUGAUCUAUUUCCACGACCAAACCGUGGCCGUCGUCGAGCUGGGACCGCAGAAGACGCUGAUCGGCUGCGAGCUGAUUGAAAUCUACAACGACGCCGAAGGCCAAAAUCUACUUCGCAAUCUCUCGUCCAUCAACCGUCCGCUGGAGAUUUCCUUCCGGGACAUGAUCAAACUGAUGGAACAGUGCGAGCAGGUCGAUCGGCGCAAUUCGAAGAUCAAUUUCCGCGCCACCGUGCCGCCGGUGAGAGCUUCUCUCGAUACCGUGGGGUACAAAAUCGGCACCGAUGACGACGGUGAUGACGCCGGCGACGGUGAAAGCGGCACCGAUGCUACAACGCCAGCAGUCGGCAUUUUCCAGCUCAUCUCCGGUGGAGGCAACGGAGGUGGAGGUAGUGGUGGUGGCGGCAGCAGCAAGCGGGGGCUCUUCUACGCCAGCCCCUUUUCGCUGCUGAGUGGCAUCAUUCCCGGGACGAAAUGGUGCGGGACGGGCGAUAUCGCCGACAGCUAUCACGAUCUGGGCGAGGAUGCCACGAUGGACCGCUGCUGCCGGACGCACGAUCUCUGUCCGCUGAAGGUCCGAGCCUACCAGAAGCGGUACAAUCUGAACAACAACUCGAUCUAUACCAAAUCUCACUGCAAGUGUGACGAUAUGCUGUACGAGUGUCUGAAAAAGACGAACACUUCGGCGGCUCAAGUGAUGGGGUCAAUCUACUUCAACCUGGUGCAAGUGCCCUGUGUCGAGGAAACCUCAGCCGGCAUGAAAUUCCGCAAGGCGCGCGAGGGUUUCUGA